AUGAAUCUCCUCAACGAUGCCAUCAGUGGUCAUGAGGUCUCUCGAUUGGGUUCCAUCAAUGAGUCUGAUCCUUUCGUUGGCAACACUCCGGCAAGCGCUACUCGUAGCAAUCCGCCUCUCCUCAACAAUCCUUUCGGUCCCCACCAGCUCACCAUCGCUAACAAGAAUGCGUAUCAACAAGGCGUAAGCGUUGAGCUUCUUCGGCUGACAAACAAUUGCACAUCUCGUCCAACCGCCGACGUUGCUGUGGAUUCCAUUCCAUUCGUCGAGUACUGCAGACUCAACAGAACAUACAACCAUGGUGUAAUUAAGCUCAAGAACAUUCCCUACACCGUCAAUCGUCCCGAGGUUCUUGCCUUCCUUGGCCGCAACGCUCGCAUUAUCAGUGAGCAGGACUUUGAGCCGGUUCAUAUCGUCAUGGAGCGUGUCACCAGCAAGACCCUUGACUGCUAUGUCGAGUUUGCCGACCUUAACGAGGCUGUAGCUGCUGUCAACCGCUAUGAGAACAACAGAAUGACUGGUCGCAAUGGUCGUCUUGGUCAACGUCAUGUCGAUAUGGAGUUGUCCUCCCAGGAUGCUCUCAUGAAGGACCUGUUCCCCAAGGCUAAGAACGUCAACUGGCGCGAUGGAAAGCCCACCAUCAUCCCCACCAAUCCCCAUGACAAGUACAACUCUGGUUUCCAAGGUUUCAUCAGCAAGGAGGAGCUUGUUAUGUUGGUCAAGCAUGUUGAGACCCCGCAACGAUCUCCAUUCUCCAAGGAGUGUCCCCAACGUCCAUAUGAAUGCUUGAUCAGCACGUUGUUUAAGUAUCCAUGGUACAUGGUUGACUACAUCACCAUCGAGGAUCGCGAUUUGCUCUACGAUGCCACCAGCAAGCUGCUUGAUCUCCUUAGGGAUCGUCUUAAGUCCACUCCCGAACAAGAUAUCAACCUGUCCCCGAUGCUCUACAAGCGAGUCUGGCGUGCCGCAAUCAAGUGCCAAGGUUUCACUCCGACCAUGAAGGACAACAUUGCUUUCAAGCACGAGCUCCCGUCGGAUCUCAUGCAAGAGAUGGGUGUCCCCUUGUUCGCAGCUGAUUGGCAUUACCUCUGGACCAUUGGACCUAAGCCUGGUGCUCCGCACGACAUCAUCCUGUGGUAUGCCGCUGUCAUGCGUGAGUAUCUCGACUCCAAGAAGGAGCAGGUUCCACUUGCCGAUAAGGCUGCCAAGGGUGAAAAGUUGGAGCGUGCCAAGCUGUUCGGCGAUCUCGAGAAGUACUUCGGUCACCCCGUCGACAGAAAGGUGUUCGGCGCCCUCACUCUAGCACAAGUCGCCGCCAACGAAUGGUCUGGUAUUGAGACAGUCUUGCGACUAGCUCUCGCUCCAGCUAUCGAGGCUCCUGCUAGCGCUUAA